GCACAUGCCCAGACGCGGGGGAAAGGCUCCGUCCCGGCUCGCGGGAAGUUCGGCGGCCGCCGCCGCCGCAGCAGCAGCAGCAGCCCCGCUGGGUGCGGGGGAGGCUCCGGCUCCGGCUCCGGCUCCGGCCGAUGGACGCCGGCGCCGGCGGGGCAGAAGCUUUUGUUUGGGUGAAUGAUGCAUUGGCUCAUUCCCAGAGUGUUGCCAAGGCCAAAUAUGAAUUUCUGUUCUGUGGGGCAGAAACAGAGAAACCUUCAGAAACAGGUGGACAAGGAGAUAGCACUCUGCUCCCACAUAAUGUCUCCAAUGAAUUUCCAGAAUAUGGCACUAUGGAGCAAGGUGCAGAAGCACUGAGGAGUUCAUCUGAGUUUCUAGCAGAGGCUAUAACAUGCAGUCCAGAAAGGAGGGAGGAUGACCAGUUGCCUACUCUUCUUGCAAGUGGCACUUAUGCAGAUGAGCCAAAAUCUUGCAUUGAGGCAUCACUGCUACCAUCGAAGGAAGAAACUUUGCCACGUAUUGAUAGACAGACUGGGAUUAUGAAAAUUUCUCAAGAGCUAGAAGCUGCAAAAGUACAGAAGGGAGCAAACGCUUCUCUUUGUUCAGAGCUGCAAAUGGAAAAAGAAAGGAAUAUUGGCAGCCAAGAUGUACAGGCAGCCAGAGAAUUGGUUCCAGCAGGCCAAGAAAAACCCUCAGACAAGCCUCUUCCAUCUGAAGUAAGAGCUGAGGAGAAAUUGUAUUUGAUCAUAGAAAAAGAUCUGGCUGCAAUAGUAACUGGAGAAAUGCAGUCAGAGUCCUUGCAAGCCAUCAAUAAUAAAACUGAGGAGGUCCCCAAAGUGAAGGAGACAAGCUGUCAUAGACCAUCUGUACCAGCCCUGGAGGCAGAUAGCAAAGUUGGGGGCGUUAUCAGUAUUCUGGGGGAGGGAUGGUCAGAUUUUGAGAAGGAAUUUUCAGCGUACAAUCCAGGCGAGAUGCAGACGGGUCCUGGGAGGAGGAUAUCGAAAGAGGCAGCUGUGAGCAAACACGUAGAAUUUCAAGGGGUGGAGAUUUUAUGGAUACAGAAAGCAGAGGAGCAGAAGGGAGUGAAGCAUACAGCGCUAGAGGCCAAUGCACACUUACAAGGGGCUGUGUCUGUAGAAAAGAAGUUCUCCAAAGCAUCAAGCCACCCCAUUCCAGCCCCAGUUUCCUCAGGGUUAGUCACUUUGUCUGAGAGUGUUUGGAACGAAGCCCAGGCAGAUUUCAAACGAGGAGUUGGUUCGGAGUCCUUUUCUCUAGCUUUGCUAGCUGAAGGUGGGGAGGAUGGAAUCUUUGUGAAGGAUAAACUUGCUGAAGAAAAGAACCAUGUGCUAAACACAGACAGUGAAAGGAUCAUGGAGGAGGAAGAAGCAGCCACGGGAGGCUAUGAAGAUGUCCUUGGACAAAGGCAUGCAGAAGUUUCCAUUGAUGUAUAUAGCUCACAGUUUGAAAACAUUCUAGACAAUGCUUCUUUAUAUUAUAGUGCAGAAUCCCUGGAGACUUUAUACUCAGAACCCGAUAGUUACUUUAGUUUUGAAAUGCCACUCACUCCGAUGAUCCAGCAACGUAUCAAGGAAGGCAGUCAGUUCUUAGAAAGAACUGCUUCAGGACAGCAAGAUGUCUGUAAGCUUCCCACAAAUGGUGAAAUCAAGAGUCAAUGUGGAGAGAUCUCCAGUGGACUAAGGGAUGGAAGUGACACCCUCUUCAGAAGAGGCGUCGCAGAGGUUACUCAUUUGGACAGCAAUGCUGGACUGAAAAACUCACUGUUCGACUCCACAGCUGCCAUGGGUGGCAAUGAGCUCCUGGAGAAAGAUGGCACCGAAAACCAUAGUCAAGAUCUUAGCAAUGGCACUGACAGCAAUUUGGAAGCAGCCAGGAGGCUGGCUAAGCGCCUCUACCAACUGGACCGAUUCAAGCGCUCUGAUGUGGCAAAGCACCUGGGUAAAAACAAUGAGUUCAGCAAACUUGUGGCUGAAGAAUACCUGAAGUUUUUUGAUUUCACGGGUAUGACGCUGGAUCAUUCCCUCAGGAGUUUCUUUAAAGCCUUUUCACUUAUUGGAGAAACUCAGGAAAGAGAGAGAGUAUUAAUCCACUUCUCCAACAGAUACUAUCAGUGUAACCCAAACACCGUUUCUACUCAAGAUGGAGUCCAUUGUCUCACCUGUGCAGUGAUGCUGCUGAACACUGACUUACAUGGCCAUAACAUUGGGAAAAAGAUGACCUGCCAAGAAUUCAUUGCCAACCUUCAGGGGAUGAAUGAAAGCAAAGAUUUCCCCAGGGGGCUGCUGAAGGCUCUCUACAAUUCGAUCAAGAAUGAGAAGCUUGACUGGGCAGUAGACGAAGAGGAGAAAAAAAAAUCUCACUCUGAUGGCACUGAUGAGAAGGAUAACGGACCCCAUUCAAAGGCCAUGACUCGGAUCGGCCAUUCCAAUAACCCCUUCCUGGACAUUCCUCAUGAUCCCAAUGCUGCUGUGUAUAAAACUGGAUUUCUGGCUCGUAAAAUCCAUGCAGAUAUGGAUGGAAAGAGGACUCCCAGAGGGAAGCGUGGCUGGAAAACCUUCUAUGCUGUGCUGAAGGGAACAGUGCUUUACUUGCAAAAGGAUGAAUAUAAACCAGAAAAGGCUUUGUUUGAGGAGGAUUUGAAAAAUGCAGUUAGCGUGCACCAUGCAUUGGCAUCAAAGGCAACAGACUAUGAGAAGAGGCCCAACGUCCUAAAGCUCAAAACAGCUGACUGGAGGGUCCUGCUUUUCCAAGCCCAGAGCCCAGAAGAAAUGCAGGCAUGGAUCAAGAAAAUCAAUUGUGUGGCAGCAAUAUUUUCUGCUCCACCAUUUCCAGCUGCUAUUGGCUCUCAGAAGAAGUUCAGUCGUCCGCUUCUGCCAGCCACCACAACAAAGUUAUCUCAGGAUGAACAGCUGAAAUCACAUGAAGCUAAGCUGAAGCAAAUCUCUACCGAGCUAGCCGAGCAUCGUUCCUACCCGCCGGACAAGAAACUUAAAGGCAAGGAAGUAGAUGACUACAAACUGAAAGACCACUAUCUGGAGUUUGAGAAAAUCCGCUAUGAGAUUUAUGUUGCCUUACUGAAAGAAGGGGGGAAGGAGCUUCUGAGCAGUGGAGAAAAUGAUGGGCCAGGACUGAAGAAAUCCCAUUCGAGUCCCUCGUUAAAUCAGGAGUCUCCUGUUAGUGUCAAGGUGAAGCGAAACAUCUCCGAGAGGAAGGACUACAGGCCAGAAACACCCAGCAUCAAGCAGAAGGUCACUUAGACUGCAUGAGACAGCUGUAGAAACAGCCAUGCAGCAAAAUACCAGUGGUCAAAAAUUUCCUUUGCUAACCUGUCAGUAACAAAAACAAACCAAUGCAUCUGCCUGAAUGGGGUGGUAGUGACAUUUUCUAUUGUAUAUUUUGUUGUUUCUGUACAGAUUGUGGGAGAUGUCUUGGCUCCUGAUUUGCUUUGCCUUGUUAAUUUAUCAUCUAGCCAUGAAAGCACCUCUUUUUUUUUUUUUUUUUGAGGGGUGGGAGUGGGACUCCCUGAUUUAUUGCACAUCUCCUCCCCUUCUGUCCUCUCUCAUUGGCACGUGACUUUCAUCUCAAGUCAGCUGUGACCUUUCUCCUUGCAGUGGGAAAAGGAACUGGACAAGCACUGCAGCAUAGUAAAUGCUAGCUGCGGUGACAAGAAAUGAAUUGUUGCAGAGAUGGAACUGACCACUCCCUGCAGGUUAGUUAAAUUCUGACAUUGCAACUGGAGAUCUCCCAAUCAUGUGAAACAUACUGGUACUUGUACUAUAGUGAUAGGAGCCAUAGGAUACUGGAUUGUAUUAACUCUGGACCCACACACACCAAGGGACUAAACAAUGAAAAUCACUGGGAAUGCUGGGAUUACAGAAUUAGAACAGGUAUUUCAACAUGAAGACUCUUUGGGGGCGCAGCAGGAGGGGGAUGCCCAAAGCCAUGUCUCUUUUGAUGAUUGAUCCAGCCAGCAUGAAUUUUAUUUUUCCAUUUCAUUAAGCAAUAGGCUGUUGUAGAUGACAACUGCUGGCUGUGUGUUGUAGUAGAAAAGGGAAUCCCACGUGUUUCUCAACAAUACACUCUCACGCUGCUGCUAUAUAGAGUCUUAAUAUGCAUUGUUCAUCUGCGGUUUCCCUCCAGAAUUUUGAUUUAGUAAGCGCAGAUAUUCUGCAGUCACUGUGAUACCAAUGGAGGUGUUCUCAUGUUCUCUUCUGAAAGGAAUUCUGUUAAACGAUCCCUUGAAUUUUUCACAAGUGUUUAGAAAGAACAUGGAACAGAAGUCCUGGUGACUCAGGGACUUAAUGGAAUAGAGACUCUUUGGUCUUAGAGCCAGAAUCUGACCCCAUUCCAGUUGCUCUGUCCCUGGCAGUCACAAUGAUGCAGCCAUAGGGCCAGCAAAACCUGCCCUCUGUGGAGUCUUCCUUUAAUAGCAACUCCUGGCCUCUAUAUAAGGACAUAGCCUGGGGGAAAAGGGACUUGGCCAGGGUGUCUGUAGACCUCAGCUUUCCCCAGCUGCUGGAGUGGCCCUUUUGGGCUGCGGGCAGCCAGGUGUAACUUAAAGCAGCCCUGAGGUUGCCUUAACUUACACCAAGGCCAGGAUCCAGGGAGCGUGAAGGUGACUAAGAGACACCUUUGCUUCUUCCCAGGGCCCGCCCAUCUUGUGCUUACUGCAGCUCGUCUUGUCUGGGGGGAUCUAAUCCUUAAUAUGCAAAGACAGCCCAGGUCAAUAUAAAGUGCAGUAGGUGGCCUCGAAGAAAUGUCUAGCUAUCUCGGGUCUGGUUCUUUCAGGGGCCGGUAUUUACAUCACAGAGCUCCUCAUUACAGAGGGUAUACUUGUGGGCAGGUUCAGCAGAGAGGCCAAGGACUGAUUGAUUGGUCAUGUACAUCAAACCAUUCUGGACUACUAAACUACCAGACUAGCAGGCAGUAGAGGGAGCAAUCAAGCAAGAUAAGGACCUUGCAGAGAAACUAAAUGAUUUCUCUAUACCAGUCUCCACCACAAAGAACAACCAUGGGAUACGUACCCCAGAGCUCUAGACUGUAAUACCCAUGCUGUGCUGUCAGAGAUCGUAGCACUGAAAGAGGAAGUGGUGCACCACGAUCAUUUAGGAUGCAGUCACUCACCAGGACCCGAUGGUAUUGAUUCCAAGAGUUCCAAUGUGACUUAUGAAUGGAGUGACUGAGCUGCUCACAAACAUUUGUAAACUGUCGUCGUCCUAGAAAUCUAGAGGAUAGCCAGUGCUUGACUUCAUUUUAAAAAUGACAUUGGGAGUGACUGCGAUUCACAGAGCUGUGAGGCAGGCCGGUCAACAUUUUCCAACAUUUGGAUUUGUUUUUUAAAAAUUACGUUAUGCUUAAAGUUAAGCACAUUGUCUAAGUGCUGUCCCGAAGAGGAACUUUCCUGAAUUAGGGCCAAAGUUAUGUGCUUGAGCAACAUGCUGGGAAGUGUCAUUCCCUGUAGACGAGAACAAGGGUAAUAUACAUUGGAAGAAAUAAUUUGAACUACUCGUUGAGGGGUAGUAGAUUAGCCACUCAGGAGAAAGGCCUAGGCACCCUGCAGCUGUUCAUUGUACAGUAGUAGUUAAAAAAAAAAAAAAAGGGCAGUAAAUGAGAGGCUGAGUUAUAUGAGAGGUUGUUAUACUGAGAGAGAGAGCGAGAGCGCUAAUACUGAGACUGCUAAAUGCCGUUACAUAGGGAGAUGAUCUUGAGUCCUGCAACCAUUUCACAUCACUUCCUCACAGUAACAGUACAGCAGAAACAGAAAUGGCCAGAGAAGUCACAAUUUGAUCCCUGCUCCACUCCCAGGGCAGUGUAGCUCUACUCUGGCCCUUACUCAAGGCAUCCAGGUACUUGUGUUUGCCUUUUAAACCACCUCACUCUAUUUGUAAAGAGGUGAUAAUUGCAAAUGUUUGCGUUGGCUGUUAAGAUAGUCUGGCUGCCCAUGGGUUCUGUUUGAGUUGUUGAUCUCUCAGUCACAAGUGGAAACUCUCCCACACAAUAUCUUUCUCAAUCUACGCAGAAACAGGAUAAUUCAUGCUCACGACUGGGGAACUCCUUGCAGAUGAGUGAAUUUCAUGCAGUUUGAAAAGUCAGACACAGUGAAUCACAAAAACCAUUUUAUUUAUUCUGUCAAAUGCAGUUUAGUUUUAAUUAUUUAUUAUGCUACUCCAGAGUGUACUUGUACAUGGAUUGUGGUAUAUUUUGUAAAAUGUAUCCAGUCUUAGUAAAAUGCAAUUUCACUUCAGCUUUCAGCUGUUCAAUAUUCCCUGAGCUCCACCUGCUUUUUGUGAGAGUUCUGAGGUGUGCAGAUUAGUGAUCUGAGAAUUUGUGAGGUUUUAGUAUCAUUUUUGAAAUUCCCACUUCUGGCUGUGUCUCUUUACAGCUGACCUGUGUCACCAUGUCCUUUGAUAGGUUUUACUGAAACAAGUAAAGAGAAAACACAAAGGCAGAUCCUGCUGCCACUGAAGUCAGUGGCAAAACUCUACAGACCUCACUGAGCAGGAUCAGAGAGCUGACCAGUAUUGCAGUUUGCUGUGCUUUUAACAUUACAGCGUAGCAGAAAGGUUGGGCUAGGUUCUCAGAAGGUGUAAAUCAGCACUGAAGAGACUGGAGCUAUGCCAUUUGACCCCUGACACCCCCCGCCCCCUGAAAAU